AUGGACUAUGAACAAAGAAAAACUACAUCUGGAAACAAAGUAGAAAACAAUGGCAAAACAGAUGAGGUUAUAAAAUGCUUCGUAAAAGAUGUAAGAGAGCACUCUGUCACUUUACCGGAACCAGAAAUCAGUAGGAUGAUUAUGCUAACUCAUUUGAGGAAUCGAGGUUCCGCAGAGCAAAUGGCCAGGAGAAACGUAAAGCAGAAGUACAUUGUACUGAUGCAAGAAGCACAAGGACGCAUGAGAGACCAGACAAAGUGGACGCAGAAGAUAAUCCCGGAGAAAGCUGACUUCUUAUACUUGAAACGGGGCAGAAGAAAUGAAGGAUUUUGGGGUACGAUGUGGAACUCGAAAGUGGGAAACGAUGAUGACAUUCGGCACAAUGAAUAUCUGGAAGAUUUCGUUCCAGUUUAUGAAGUGCAUGAUAUUUUCUCAUCUGAAGCCGAAUUUGGAAAGACAGUUUCCUGUUUGCCCAAUGAAAGGCGACUAGCCAUGAUGGAAUCUCUGCUGUUGUUCGUCUUAUGCAUGGACCCAUUAUCUCAAAAGAUACACAAAAGUGGAGGUUAG